GUCAGGUACAUACGAUAGGGAUUUCUGUUCUUGAGCCGUCAGGUUAAAAUAGAUUUUGAAUUUCAUUGUGUAAGGACGACCGGUGUGAGUAUUGAAACGAUAAACAAUUCUGUGCUACAUAAUCGUUACAUAACACCGGGAAAAUUUUGAUAGUUUAGCUGUACAUAAUUCAUUGGAUUUUUACUUCAUCAUAUAUAGUUAAACUGAAUGUAUCGUGUCUAAACUAAGGAUAGUGAAUUAACUCAUAAGAUAGUUGCGAAAACUUAUACGGAAUAAAGGUGAUAAUAGAUAUUCACAAAGAAAAGAGAAUCAAUAACGUAAUUUGUGUUUUUUGUGACUAUUUACAUCAUAUAUUCGACAUUUUAAACAAAUAGUGUUUAUCAAAAACCGGCAGGAUAUUACAUUCAACAUUGUGUAGGAUUCUAGCUUUUGGAUAUUGUAAAGUGUUAUGAUGACUGCUCCAGAUUAACCCUAUAUUUUGAUAUUUUUCCAAAUGAAGAGUAAUGAGUGGACGUAACACAAACCGAGGUCAAAUAGGUCCUAGUGGAGGGAUACCAGCCCUCUUAGUGCAAGCGGAAACCCCGCAGCCAAAUAACGAUAACAUACGUCUACCAGCCUUACCUACACAACGGUCUGUACUAGCAAAUGGAAAGCCUACGCAAAAUGGCUACAUGGAAAAGUCAUUGUUUGUUACUCCAAGAGCACCCGGUCCUGGGCCAAAUGGAAUCUUUAAUGGGCGCUCAAAUAAAAAUGAUUUGAGUAACUUAAAUUUGCAAGGUUUUGGAGUAGCACCUAAACAGAAGCAGCAAGGAUUCGGGCAUCACAAUGCUGCUGCUUUUGCAAAUCCACAGCAACUUCACAUUCCAAAUAAUCGCCUUGAGACGCAAACCCCAACUCCAAGUGAGGUAUCCACCAUACAUUCUGCCAGGAGUGUACACACUCCGACCUUAUCUCUGGUGUCUGGCCAAGGCUCGGAGCGAAAUCUUCAGACACCAAUAAGCAAUGUUGACAGAAACUUCCUUGAGCCAGGUACCGGCAGUAAAGGCUGGAACCCAUACCCAACACUUCCUCAUGUCAGUAGCAACAAAGAUUUGGACAGUAUGUCAAUAUCAGACAAGCAGUCAUUGACUGAACAACCUCAUAGAGCAUCAUGGCAUACACAUGGAGUUGUACCUAGCAGUGCAACAACACGCUACCAAACAAGCAGUAGUGGAACAAACUCCCUGUCCCCUCAUCUAGCCAUGGAUACGUCUCCAACUGGAUCUACAGCUUUGGGAUCAAAUUUCACGAACAGCCCUCGUCAUUCUGCACAAAUCCACUCAAGGGCACAGAAGCGAGCUCAUUCUCUGUCACCACUUGGGGAUGGAAUCGAAUUUGCAAAAUUAAUCAGAGCUUCUCCAACAUCUCUUGCUUGUAUUAAUAAUGCAGCUACGCAUGCAGGUGCCUCUCCAUUGGCAAACAACGUUGCUCAGUAUGGACAUUUUGGUCACUUAAUCGCAAGGAACAGUAGAAACAGCAAUGGAAGUCCAUAUUCUGGUUCAGCAAACAGUGGAAACCGUGGUGGUUUCUCCCAGCUCAAGGUUGAACCUGGCAUUGAGAUCAGUGAUAUGCAAGAUUACUUCCAGGAUAUUGUUAGUAAUCAAGUAGUCAUGCCACAAAAUGAGAUCCCAUACUGGGAACAGAGAGUGUUUACUGACAUUACACAGUUUGGUUCAGUCCAGUUUAAUCUUCCGCCAGAGAAUAUGGUUCAGCCACCGGGUGUUAACGGCAACAUGAGUGGAUUCAGUAGCCAACAUAACAUGAACAUGAAUCAGAACAUGAAUAUGAACAAUAUGAAUGAUAGCAUGAGACCACCGCCACCGUAUGAUCAGGCAAUCGGUCAAAAUCCGGCCAUGAUGCAUCAGACGCAGACAUUUAAUUCAGUGCCUACGCAGCCAUUGGCGCAAAAUAAUUUGAACAAUAUGAAUAAUAUUAACAAUCUGAAUAACAUGAACAAUAACUUGAAUACAAUGACAAGUAGUCUACAGGAAGGUGGAACUGAUUACCCUGAAGAUGGUGAAGUUGAUGAGAACGGUGAAAAGCAGCAUAUAUGCCGCUGGAUAGACUGUAAUGUGCAGUUUAAGGAACAAGAUGAACUUGUGCGCCAUCUUGAAAAAUCUCACAUUGAUCAGCGAAAAGGAGAAGAUUUUACAUGUUUCUGGGCAGCCUGUCAACGGAGAUACAAACCGUUUAAUGCAAGAUAUAAGCUUCUUAUACAUAUGCGGGUCCAUUCUGGAGAGAAACCAAAUAAAUGCACGUUUGAAGGUUGUACAAAGGCGUUCUCUCGGCUGGAGAAUUUGAAGAUUCACUUAAGAUCUCACACUGGCGAGCGUCCGUACGUCUGUACGCAUGCAGGCUGUACGAAGGCGUUCAGUAACUCGUCAGACAGGGCUAAACAUCAGCGGACACAUCUUGAUACAAAGCCGUAUGCUUGUAAUGUGGUGGGUUGUAACAAGAGAUACACUGACCCAAGCUCUCUGCGGAAGCAUGUGAAAAACCACAACCAGAAAGAUCCACAAAAGAAAAAGAUGAAGAGAGAAGGAGAGAUGUCACAGCCUGGAAUGCUGGGAAAUUGUCUCACAAUACAACAGUUACAUACCGGCAAUGUGGAGAAUGUGCAACAAGAAAUAUACCCCAACUAUGGUCUUGGUGGUCCAUCGGGUAUGGAACAGUCGCCAAUGAGCAUGCAGAACAGUCCAAUGAGUGCAAUGGACGACUCACAAAACUCAACAGACCAAAUGCACAGUUUCUCCCCUGCUCCGCCGGACAUGUUAAGCCCUGGCAGACGGCCGCACCCUCAUCUCCGUCAUCGUGCCAUGUACCCAAAUAUGGAACUUGGUAUGAUGCCACCUGCAUACCCGCAGGCUGAUGAGAUGUACGAACAAUGGAUGGAAAAUGGUGGGCAGCAUCCACAGCAAGCAAGGGUCCCGGACAUGCCGACACCCCAGUAUUCGUACAACAACUGCCGUAUGCAGAAUGUGGCGUGGCAAGGUCAGAUUGAAGACUUCAAUCUCACUGACAUGCAGAGAGGACUGUCCAAUAAUUCUGGAUUUGAUUUUGAUGGAGCCUCGUAUCUUGGAAUGCCUGGAGAAGAAAUGCAGCAACAGUUUCUGCAGAUGAAUGCUGUAGAUAGACCUGUCAGUAGAGGAAUCUUGGCAGAUGGCAGCACCUGAAGUCACAUGAUAGUCAUGUGACCACACUUGAUGAUGUCACUAUUUUAAAUAUAGACUAGCUUGCUAGUUUUCAUGAGAAACAAAAAUGGGAAUGGAAAUUGACAGGUUGAAAUAACUCUUAAGAAGAAAAUGUACAUAAAAUUGAUCAGUGCACAAAUAAUACACUUCAUUUGAAGUAAAUCAAUUUCUGUGCAGAAAUUUUGAAGUCUGCAAAAUGUUACGUUUUCUGUUUUUGCAACAAAAUGCUUGCACCAAUGUUGGUUUUUCUUGGUUAUGGCAAUGUAUACUGUUUUUAUGGAAUACAAAAUUUGUUGCAUGUUCAAAGUACUGUGAUUCUAUAAUAGUUAAUAUAUCAAAAGUGUUGAAGUUGUUUCAUAUAUAUUUGUUAAAGUAUAAUUUAUGUGAUUAUGUUGUUAACUUAUAGUGUUUCAAGGUUGUUUUUGAUAGAAGUUCUUUUAAGUUUGUUAAAUAAAUCCCAUUUCCGAUGCAAAAAAACAAUAUUGACUGGUACAAUUUGCAAUUAACAGGAUUACUGUAGACAGACUAAGAACCAGUAUUUUGAAAUUAGAAUUUUCAAUCGUUAGAUAAUUUCUAAAUUUGAAAUAGCAAAGUAAGGCAUUAAUAUGUUAAACAUUUUUUUAACAAUGAUUCCAGCAAAAUGAGCCAGUAUUGGUAUCAAACUAGUUAGCAAAUACAGCAAGGAUAUUCUACGUCAAAAUAUAGAUAUUAGAUUUCAGAUUUUGCAGGAAAACCAUAAAAAGCAAAUUUAUCUACGUACAAUUAUCAAUCACGCAUUCUUUCGCAAAAAAUAGAUAUUCUUCCGCAAGUUUUUCUUUAUAUAGAUAAAAGCUGUUAUAUUUUGUAUGUAAACAAAUCAGUAUUGUCGUUAAAUAUCAUGUGAUAUUGUGAUUCCGUCCAUCGCAUGACAAACAUCCUUAACUUUAUUUUUCUUUUUUCCACGAUGUCUCAUCAUUUUUUUAGUAUCUCUAUUUAUAGUAACAAGGGCUAUUAUCAUUUCCAUGUAUCAGAGUGUCACAUCUUUUUUCUCUCGUCAUAUUCAAAACUAGAAUUUAAAAGGAGUUAAGCACAUAAUUUUUUUGAUUUUUUUUUUUUUCAUAUCUUGGAAUUAAAAUCAUAAUUAUCAUUUGAAUGCAUAAAGAUUUUGAUUUCAGCACCUAUGCUGAUACAUCUUGCCCCGGUUAUAUGUAAAUCAUCUAUCAGUGGGGUUAUUUAUCAUCAUUGUCUGUAGUUUUUAUCGCAUCUAAUAUUUGACUUUGUAAUAUCAUUUCAUUUCUUAAUCUCCGGAUUUUUUUGUCAGUAGAAAUUCAGUCCUGUUAUCUCUUACACGCACACAAAACAUAAUAAAUUUUAUUUCACAAAGAGAUUCCUUCAUCUUAAGAUUAUACUUUUGAAAAAAAUGACUUGAAAAGUGCAUUUGAAAAUGAGUCUAACUUUUGUAUCAUCACAUAGACUUCCAGGUAAUUUUAUAUACAUGUAUAUAUACAACUGUGGUCAAGCUUAUGUUGAAUAAUAUAAGUUAAGAAUGGAAUUUUUACUGAUUGUGAAAUCAAGUCAAAUGAAAAUAUUCUGUGAUCAAAUCCUGUUAUAGUUAUUCAAAUAUGUAUCAUCAUUCUCUGUUAUUAGUUAGGACAGAAACAGGGGAUAACAAUAUAUGUAUGUAUAUAUAAUAUAUUCAUUUUGAUGUCUUAUUUUUUUAGUAUUGUGAUACAAGUGCCAAGUACCUUGUUAAUUUUGUAUUUGAUUAUUUUAAAAAAAUCAUACACAUGUUUUUAUUAUAUAUUAAUUAUUCCCAUUCCAGUUAGCCACAUUUGUUGUUAAUCAUGUAACAAUUACAAAUUACUAUUAAGAAGUUAUAUUUUUCUAUAUCGUGAAGGUUUGAUAAAUGUGUUUUUGUUCUUUUGUGUUUUUUUUUUAAAAAACAUUUGAUUUUGUAAUUAAUUUUCAUAUGUAUUUAUUUUUUUUCUCCAUUUUUUGUGUGUGAUAUACUUUUAAUAAAACAAUUUGUGUGUGGUUUUUAUUUUUUGUUGCGAUGUAAAUAUCUAUAAAAAUAAUUUACAAAGUACGCAAGUGCAAAUUUUAUAUAAUUUCAAAUAAUUUUUAUAGAUGUUUCCAACAUUUGUAAAUAUUUUAUAUUGAAAAACAAAUAAUGUUAUCUACAAACACACACAAAUACAUAGUAUAAGUAUUCUAUUUAUUGCCAAAUUUUUAGAAAUAUUUAGAGGGAAAAAAAUUAUACAAUGUUAAAAAUCUAUUUUUACAGGUGAAUAGAAACAUACAAUAUUGUUAACAUGACAAUGUUAAGAAAUAAUAUCUUUAUUCUUCAUCAUUUUAAUUCCAAAAUUGCCAAAAAGUAUAAUUUUUUUAAGUAUCCGUCCAUUCCUGGUUUGCCUUGAAUUUGGGUUUUAUUUACAUGGUUAUUUUUGUAAGAUAUAUUCGUUAUUUAUUGUAUAUUAUAGGAAAUAUACCUGUCUCUGAACUUUGUGAUGCUUCAUCACCUAGUAUAUGAUCAUUCAUUUUAUAAAACAUUUAUUUAGCCAUGAUUUUAUGAAUUUAGAACAUAUUUAGUUUAUGAAAAGGCUGGAAGUUUCACAGGGAGUUUUAAUGUGUUAUGUUAAAGUAGAUAGAAAAUAAAAAAAAGUUAAGUUUUAGUGCUAAAAAAUCAUGCAAUAUAGAUCAUGAUACAUUCUGUCUGAUGAAUAUCCAUUUAUUCUAGAUUUGAAUAGAGACAAUUUGUGUGUGAUAUUUCUGUGUAAUCAGGAACUUUAUAAGCUAUUAGGAUGUGUUGUAUUUUGUGAUUUCUUUACAGUCACUUAACCUGGAUGUUUCGAUUUUCGUAAAUAUAUAAGAUUUCUCUUUAGAGUUUGUGAUUUAUGGAACACUAGUACACUGAUAAUUGUUACAUGUCAAAAGAUAGUUCUGGGCAGAGUGGUUAUUUUCCACAAGGAGGUUAGCUCCUAGAACUGUAAACAAGGGGUUGUAAACUAAUAGAGCUGAAUACCUAAGGGAUGUUGUAUACAAAGGGAGGUAAACUCAAAGAUAUGCGUUUUCAGAAUGAUGUAAACUCAUAGAUGUGUGUAAUAGAUAAUUUAUUAAAAGAGAUUUAGAAUUGAUCAAUGUUCUGAUAUUUUAAAAGGAGAUUUUGUAUAUAAUUUUCAGUCUAGGUUUCAGGAAAGAAAUCCAAAAUACAGGUACAUAUCAUAACUAUACUUUACUAGGUAACCACUUGUAUGUCAUUUAGUGAGCAACAUAAAUCAUUCAUGCCUCAUUUUGAAACAGCAGCUAGACAUGUAUACCUAAUAUGGUAUGUUAAAAAAAUAUUUGAAUAUAUACCUUCCAUGCACAAAGCUGUCUUAUACAUCAGGCAGUUUACAAUAUCAAGUUACACAAAUACAUUCAGUAUAGGAGGGAACAUGUAUUUGCUGGAAAUAGUACUUCUUCCUCCUCAAGAUGUUUUUGUAAACUGUCAAAUGUUUUAAGACAAUAAAUGAUGUCAUCCCAAGUCUAUUUUAUAAGGAAUUUCAAAUUCGUUUGUUUUUAUUUUUUAUAAGAGUGAAAAAAUUUGGAACAUUUUUUUUUCAAUAAGAAAAAGAAACUUUUUGUUAGACUCAAAAAUUCCUGUUAUUUGUGGAUGAGGUCAUUUUUAGUUGUUUUUUGAGCACAGUUGUUUUAUUUGUAUGAGUGUGGUAAGCAAGCACACCUACACCCCCUGAAUGUUACAUUAGGUCCAAAGUGCUGAACAUUUUAUAUAGUAUAGCCAACCUCAUCAAUUAUGAAAGUGCUUCUCUAUAUGUAUUGUAUUAUAUUUCUUUCUGAUUUUGUUGACGGUCUCGUGCUACUAUAUUUUAUAUGGUUUUGUUUACGUAUUGUCUCGUGCUAAGUUUUGUGACUUUUUUGUGUUGUUUUCUUUAUUUUUUUGUACAUAACUUUGUUGUCAUAGAGUUACAUAAGUUUUAUUUUUCAUCUACAAAGUUUUACUAUAUUCCUGCCCAUUUAUUAAUUAAUCAAGUGAAGAAAAAAAUCUUGAUAUAUUUUUACCCUAGGACCAAAUUUUUGUAUUUUUAUGAUAUAUCAUUUAAACUGUUGUUAGACAGAUAUUUUAUGAAUUCCAUUAAAGAACAUUCCAUUUUGCAAAUUGAAUUUUAAUUCAAAAGUUUUGUAUUUGAAAUUCAUUACAGAUUUCCCUUUCUUACAAAUGUGUAUAUAUAUUUGCUUUUCAAAUUGAUUUAUUCUCCCACUGCAAAUCUAUUGUCAAGGUUGUUUUAGAUGUAUCACAUUUUUCUUCUUAUUAGAAAAUCUUUUUUUUAAAAAAUCAAUAGAGUUGUUUGAAAAAAAAACUUAUUACAUGCAAGAAAAUUAAUUCUAAGGAAAAAUAGAAUAUCAAUUUUAGUUUUCGUGACAGUUUUGUUUUAAUUUUCAAAUCAGAACAUUUGAUUGGUGGCUAUUUUUAGACCUGGCAAUUUGAUUUGUUGAUGGAAUUAGACUGGUUUUCUCCUGGAGAGAGACUGGUUAAUAUGUUUUAUUUUUGUCAAGUGCCUUAUGUUUUUGUCUUGCUACCAGUCUGUUUCUAUUCCUUCACUGUGUCAUUGUUACAAUCAUGUUUAAUAAACGGUCUGAGAAAAUAA